AUAAGGCUUAUUGCCAUCACAAUAAUGCCAAAUUUAAUUUUGCUAAACUUGUGCACUGUUCUAUGGUUUAAUAUGUCAAGGGAGAUAAUUAGGGUGGUAACUAUAUCAAGGUUGUAAAUUGUGUUAUCUCCCUUUACAUUAUCCACUUCCUGGUAGUACUCAGGUUACCUCCCUUAAUCAUAAUCUACUUCCUCUUCCUGUCUGGGAUUUCUGGGAAAAAGCACACUUCAAAAGCCAAGAAAUAACAAAAAAAUUAAAUCUAUUUAAUCUUAAUAAAUUAAACUUAAAAACAACAUGCCUGGAAAAAGGAAAGCCUCUAGAGGCCCUAAUACACAAGCAGGGGCAAAGAGAAAUAGGAGAGAGCAGGAAGAAGUGGUUGAAAUCCUGGCACCAGAAAUGGAGGCACAGCCAGCAAAAGAGGUAUGGGUGUUGGGGGACUCCAUUGUACACUGGGCUGGUGAAAGGGCAGUGGCAAGAAAUGCAUUCAAAGAAAACAAUAUGGACUGGGACGGCAAAUCUGGCAUGACAGUGCAAGAACUCCACUCUGCCAUACAAUACAGCAUUUUACAGGGAAAAACGCCAACCAUCAUAGUUUUACAUGUAGGUGGAAACAACAUAUCUUCCUCCAAUACCUGCCAGAUAAUUUCUAUAAUAAAAAAAGCUAUUGACUAUCUUUUUCUUAACUUCCCGGAAUCGAUCGUAGUGUGGACAUACAUUCUCCCUAGGCUAAAUUGGAGAAACACCCCUAACACCCUUGCCUCUGCAAAGAUAAUGGAUCUGAAACGCAAAAAUGUAAAUAGAAAAAUUAGAAACUAUAUACUUCAGCACAGCAAUGGUCGCUGUCUGAACCACAAAUCACUGAAUAGGGAAACACCUGGCUUUUUUCGCAGAGAUGGUAUUCACCUGAGUGACGUUGGCAAUGACAUGUAUAUUCUUACACUUUCAGAAGCUAUCAAUACUUUCAAAAGAGAAAAAGAUUGUAAAGAACUUCAUCUUGGUUGAUAAAAAUAACAAAUUUAAGUAAAUAUCUAAACUAUAUAGAGUCAGAAUUUGGGGGACAAAUUUAAAAAUUUGCUGUGGCGGAAAUUCUGGCCAGCCAAUCGUCGGUUUCAGUUUAAGUGUCUCUAUUAUGGUCAUUCUGCUAAUGAAAAACCAAGGGAGACAACUCAGUUUUAACUUUUGCAUUUAAGGGCUGGAUUUUUUGCCUCCUCCAACUAUGGUUCAUAUCUAUGAAAAAACCAAGCUCAGAAGGUAACAUAAUCUGGCAUUUACAAAAUUAUCAUAUACAAUUAGAGGUCGGGGUUCAGCUCUUACAGCGAUUAUGCUUGGCAGGCCCACUUACCUUCUAAAUUUUGGCUUUCAUAGUAGUGCGGUGAAAUUUAGUGCGGUGAAAUGUAGAGCGGUAAAAAGUGCUGUAGUGCGAUGAAAUGUAGAGCGGUAAAAGUGCUGUAGUGCCAUGACAUGUAGAGCGGUAAAAAGUGCUGAAGUGCGAUAAAAUGUAGAGCGGUAUAAAGUGCUGUAGUGCGGUGGAAAAAGAUUUAAUACAUAGGGCUUUGUGCAGAAGAGCAGUGUAUUCUGAAGCUAGCAAUAUUAUAAAAUUUAAUAUCCAUAUCCGACUUUUGGCUGGCUAGUGUUUCCCCAAUGUCUCUACUUGGCACGUAUAUAUAAGUGAUUACCAAGGGAGAUUUUUGCGGCCGUAUACUUCCACUAUCUUUUUGUCCUUUAUUCAGUUGUGUGUAUAUAGUAAAAUUUAUAGCAUAAUAUUUUUGUCUGAAUGAUCAUGAUUCUAGUCAAUAUAAAUAGCAUACAAAUCUAAAA